AUGGAAGGAAGGAAAGAAGGGGAAAGGGACUACAAAGCCAAUGUGGAGAGGCCGAGCCUAGCAGAGGCCCAGGAGGCCAGGUCGUGGAGAAACGGCGCCACAAGACGGAGGAAGGCCACAGUACCGCCGGCGCCAGUCGACGCCAACGAUGGAGAAAGAGAAAAAGCCAAAACGAGCAGGAGGACCCCACAAGAUACAAACGACCAACGACCAAACGAGCAAACCACCAAACAGAAGCAGACGACCCCAAAGACUCGAAAGGCUUUGCCUCUCGCCGAGAACUGGGGCAUGGAGUCUCGAACGGGGGUGGCGUGGCGACCCCAGAAGGGCCAGAAGGACCAGAAGGGGCGAACGAAAGCAGACAGACGAAAGAAAACGAAAAGAAUCAAGCCUGGCGAAUGCGUACGUUGGCGGCCCGUUCUUGGGAGCGUAUUGUUCCCGCCGGGCUGGUAUUGA